AUGUUUGGGCUUUUUGAACGACCUCGAUGGACAGCCGAUCAGAUCCCAGAUCUCCAUGGCCGAGUUGCGAUUGUGACAGGGGCGAAUAGCGGCAUAGGCUACGUCACUGCGUUAGAGCUCGUUCGCCACGGUGCAAAGACCUAUCUGGCAUGUCGAGACGCCACUCGAGCUAAAAGUGCGAUCGAAAAGAUCAAGGCGAUUGUACCAGACUCUGACCCUCAAUUUUUAAAGUUGGACAUCACCUCACUCAACUCUGCUCAUUCGGCAGCUCAAGAGUUCCUCAAGCUGGAAAAAAGGCUCGAUAUUCUGGUCAAUAAUGCUGGAGUAGCAUUUGCCCCAUAUCAGUUGAGCGAAGAUGGCAUCGAAAUCCAUGCCUGCAAUGCCACAGGUCACUUUGCAUUCACGAUCCCUCUACUCAAUCUGCUUGAAAAGACGUCGCAAGAACCUGGUUCGCACGUACGAAUUGUGAAUGUCUCCAGUAAUGCCCAUUCUUGGGUAUGGGGUACCCCAGAUUUCUCGUCGCUAAAAAAUUUGAAUGAGCACUGUUUCGGAAUGAUGGAUAGCAAGAGCUGCUUCCCUGGGUCUGCUUUAAAGAACAUUCUUUUUACCAACGAGUUGCAAAAAAGGCUCAACCACACAAAAAUCAUUUGUACAUCGGCUCAUCCCGGUGGAGUAAAUACUAACAUCGUAACGGGCAUAUGGGUAGAGCAGUACCCCAUCUUGAAAGUUUUUGAUUGGGUUAAAAGCUGGCUUUUAUUAACUCCGGAGGAUGGAGCCAUCAAUUUACUGUACGGCGCUACAGACUCGGAAGUGGAGACCAAGGAUUUGAGGUCUGCUUACCUCUGCCCGUUCGUGAAGGUAACAAAGACCUCGAGGCUCGCCCAAGACCCCGAGGGAAUCCUUGGAAAGCAAUUUUGGAACUUCUGCGAGGCACUCGUUAAAGAAAAGGUCAAGGUGAACUAG